GGACUUUUAGGUGUUGCACCACUGAUGUAAGCUACUUCCUGAUCAGAAGGGUCAUGUCCACAAGCGAGUAGCCGCUGAUUAUAGCUAAAUAUCACUGCACUGUGUUUUAUACAUAAUAAAGCAGACACACCGGGCCCUGCUCUUUGGAGGAUGUUGCGGACGAUUUGUCGGAGCGGUGGAUUGCUGUUAAAGCAAAGCCAGCGGACAGUACCCAAGCUGUGGGUUACUCCAGCUCAGCAGAGAUGGGCAUCCAGUUUACCCAUGAACACCGUGGUCCUGUUUGUACCCCAACAGGAGGCCUGGGUCGUGGAGAGGAUGGGUCGCUUCCACCGCAUCCUAGAGCCGGGUUUGAACUUUCUUAUACCUGUUCUUGACCGGAUUCGCUAUGUGCAAAGUCUGAAGGAAAUUGUAAUUGAUGUCCCAGAACAGUCUGCAGUAUCUCUAGAUAAUGUAACACUUCAAAUUGACGGAGUGCUCUAUUUAAGGAUUCUAGAUCCAUUUAAGGCCAGUUAUGGAGUUGAAGAUCCGGAGUAUGCUGUCACUCAGCUGGCACAAACCACCAUGCGUUCAGAGCUGGGCAAACUAACAUUGGAUAAAGUUUUCAGGGAAAGAGAGUCACUAAAUUCAAACAUUGUCCACUCAAUCAACCAAGCAUCGGACGAGUGGGGAAUCCGCUGCCUUCGAUAUGAAAUUAAAGACAUCCAUGUUCCACCUCGCGUCAAAGAGUCUAUGCAAAUGCAGGUAGAAGCAGAGCGUAAAAAAAGGGCCACAGUGCUGGAGUCUGAAGGAACCAGGGAAGCGGCCAUUAACGUAGCUGAGGGCCGUAAACAAGCUCAGAUCCUGGCUUCAGAGGGUGAAAAGGCUGAGCAGAUUAAUAAAGCUGCUGGUGAGGCUCAGGCAGUUCUGGCCAAAGCUGAGGCAAAAGCAAAGGCCAUCCGUUUGCUUUCAGAUGCUUUGACUGAACAGAACGGAAACGCUGCUGCAUCUCUCAGUGUGGCCGAGCAGUACGUGUUGGCUUUUUCAAAUCUGGCCAAAGAGAGCAACACCAUCCUUCUACCCACAAACACUGGGGACAUUAGUGGAAUGGUCACACAGGCAAUGAGCAUCUACAGUACACUGGCAAAGCAAAAAACAGCAAUACCAAGUUUAGCACCAAAAUCAGAAGAUGAGAAGAGCGCUGACGAAGAAUUUGGGAACCCCUCAGCGUGAUUUUGUAUUAACAAUGACUGUAUGUAGUAACUUUUUGGCAACAUUCACCUCUGAGUUUUGAGAGACGGAGAGGAAACUUAAGAGACCAGUAGAAAACAAGACAAAACAACUCCUCACUGACACAUGGGAUUCUCUAUAGCUGGAAAAAUGUAUGUCAAUUUAUGUAUUCUUUUCACUGAAUUGAUUUAAAACAGAGCUGCCCUGUGGGUGCUGUUAUUUAAGAAAACCUUUACUUAAAAAUGUAUGAUUUUUUUUUUUUUUAAUCUGGUUUAGUCUUUACACUCAUGAAUUUGUGCAGUUAGCUUAUUCUUCCAGCAAGGAUUCCCAAGUAAGUCGAUCUCUUUGAAUCAGUUUGCUUUACCAGUUUUGAGAGAACAUAUUCUAUCUCUGGCCAAGGUUUUAAAGUAAUUGUGUUUACAAAAAGUAAAACACAAUUGAAAUUCCCAUACACCAGAUUAGAGAGUUAAAGUAGUCAGCUAUAUGGAAUAUCUCAAAGUAUUGCUCCUUACCUACCGUUCCCAAUUAUGUUUUUCAUUUUGGCGUACCUGUCCCUGGUGCUAUAUUCAAUUAAGUUCAGGAAUGGAUUAUUAACACAGUUAUAGGAUGUGUGAAGCACUUAUGAGACGAGAUUUAUGAGAUUUAUAAAGAUUUCCCCCAAAUGAAUCUAUCAUUUUUUGUUCCUGUUUGGAUUUAAAUAAAACUAUUGUUUAUAU